CUGCGCUCGCGACCACACGCCAUCCACCUAACCAUGGACCAGCCAGUGUCCAAGGCGCUGGAUGACUACCGGAAGAAGCACUCCGCCGUCCUGGAGGAGCAGACCCUGGCCUCGUUCAUCGACCGCCUGGCAAUCGCUGGCAUCCGCGAUGAUGAGGACCCCGUCCCCGAUGACGCCCCCCUGGAGUGGCAGCACUACCAGCCAUCCAUCAACCAGUUCCAGCCGGUCGGUUGUACGAUCAAGACGACCAAGCUCCCGAAAAAGCGCACCCAGGUCAUUCGCAUGGAUUUCUCCCUUGCAUACAUCCAUGAGAAAAACAUCGGGCUCCUCUUCCGGCCCUGGUUCGCCGAUGUGCACGAUGCCAUCUUCACCGGUGUCCCGCUCGCAGGCGGCCCCGUGCGCCUUGCCGAACACAAGUCCCUCACGCUGCUGGACCUCUCCUUCACCGGAGCCACCAUGGAUCGCAAGCAUCUGCAGAAGCUCCUCACCGCUGGCGCCCUCCCCCAACUCAGCGAAAUCAUCAUCAUGGACAAUCCCCAGUCGGCCACCCCCUGCUUCUACUGGCACAGCGCUUUCUUUCACCAUGCUACUCGGUUCCGGGCCCCCGGCGGGCCCACGACCGGGGCCCCCUCCUUCAGCCAGAGUAUGGACCAAUUCCGAGAGCAUUAUGCCCGGCUGGCGGCCGUCGAUGAGCGGGACCUGCGGCUGGCCCUCGGGCAGUUGGCCCCCGCCGGGGGUCCCCACCCCGGGUCGCAGGCCGACGCCCCGGACACCGGCGGCCUGGCCAGUCUCGCCCGGCUCGGGGCCUUUCUCAACCAGAUCCCCCUUAGCACACGCAUCCUGGACAAGGUGGCCGAGUCUGCCCUCUUCGGGGUGACCAGCUUCGCCAGCCAGCAGGCCAACGCCGAUGAGCUGAGUCUGCUGCGACUGCUGCUCCUCUCGCCGUCCUUCUGGCCGGCCGACGGGGGGGCCGGUGCUCCGACCGGCGCCCCGGCACCCGAGCUGCCGCCGACCACCUCCUGCUUGUGGUGGUCCUCGCGUGCCUGGUCGCGUCUGGUGCAGGGGACCCUGCUGGCGGAGCUCCGCGGGUGCUUCGGCGCCGAGGACUUCGCCCGGCUGGUGCCGGCCCCGCAGGCGGAGAUCCUGCCGCAGCCCCUGCCCGGGGGGCUGUGGCCGCGCGAGCGUGCUGUCUUCGAGGUGGACUACCUGUGUCGAUUGCUCACCAGCAUGGCCCUGCCGGCGGACUUCGCCCUGACCGGCUGGAAGCUCCUGGGCGAUCGAGUGAGCAAGCUGUACCAGGUCCUGGAGGCGGUGCUGCUGCGCUUUGCCGUGGCGCAAAAUGUCCUGGAGGUGGUCGUUCACCCGGCCUUCCGCCGGCCGAAUCCAUCCUACCUGCUGGACCACCCGCGGCUGGUGCACCUCCUGCGGGGGUCCUUCCUGCAUGUGCUGGCCCAGGCCCCGGCUCCCGGGCGUCGGCUGAGUGGAUCCGUGCGCCUGGUGCACCACCGCCCGGAGGGGUCUUCGCUGGAGGCCGACGGUGCUCCCACCUUCGAGGCCGAUCAUGCCCAGGUGUGGACGGCCUUCCGUCGGCGCGCGUGGGCCGACAUUCGCCCUCGCUUGGAGCAGCUGUUUACCCAGCCGCUGGAGUACUUCCCCGGGGUGGGGGCCCCGGGGAUCUGCCCUCCCGGCGAUCCGGCCAUCAAGCUGGCCCUUUGCCAGCGGCUUCUCCAUGCCCUGGCCCGGGCCCUGGAGCAGACCAGCCUGGCGGAGUUCGCCCCGGCCGGCGGCGCGGCCCGCGGCUAUUUCUACCUCAAGGAGUUCCCCCUGCCGGGGGAGGUGCUGGCCAUGCUGCCGGGGGUGCCGGCCGCCGCGAAGGCCGGCGUCGCCACCGACGCCGGCUCCGACUCGUCGGACCCUCUGGCGAUGGCCGGCGGCCUGGCUGACGGCGCCCUCGCCAGCUCGGCCCCCGGUGACCAGGACCCCAGUGAGCCGGAGUCGGGGCCUUGGUCGCCGGCCGGUCGGCCGGCACCGGAUGAGGACUUCCGGCAGAUGCUUCGCACGUACACCCCCCCCGGGUUUCUGUCCCUCGGCGGGAUGGUCCUCAACCGGCGGCGGAUCACGCGCUUUGCCGAGAGCCAGCAGUCCACCGUGCCCGCCUUCCAAACGAUGGACAUCAUGACCAACCUCCGGCCGGCCGAGCAGGACUUCUAUCACUGCAUGACGCGCUGGGCCACCGGCAAGGCCUUUGCCAAGAACCCGCAGAAGCUCCACCCCCCGGAUGCAUAUGGCCGGCCCGAGGCCGGCAACAGUCUUUACCCGCUGAUUUGCUGGAUGCCGGUGAUCGUGCGCCCGGCCACGGCCGCCCUGCCGGUGGUCGGUGGCCCGGAAGAGUCUCCGGCCGGGCCGGCGGCCACGAGUGGCCCGGUGGUCUCCUCCUCGGCCUCGACGCUGGCACUGGUGGCAUCGCCUGUGCCGGGCUUGGCCACGGCCGGGGCCCCGGCCCGCGCCACGGCGCCCCCCUCGCCCUUGGGGUCCUCCUGCUCCGGCGAGUAUCUCCUGGUGUCGAAGCCCGUUGACGAGGCGACCAGCGACCUGAUCAACGCCGGCGGCGGCAUCCUGCCCCACCACUCGGAGCCUAUGAGCGAGGUGGACGGCUGGAUGCUGGUCUAGCGGCCCUCCUGCGGGUCGGCCGGCCACUCGGUCUCGCGGCUGUGCUGUUCUGCCCCUCCUGCUGCCCUCCUGCCCCUGUCUGCCCUCUCCCGAUUGGGUCGAGGAAGAUGGGGCCUCGGGCUCCUCGAUUCGGGGAACAGCACGGCCUGUAUGUGUGUGUGGGGGGGGGUGGGGGUGAGUGGGUGUGUGCGUGUGUCUGUGUUUGUGCUUGUGCGUGUCCGCCUGUGCCAUGUUCCCGCUGGUGCGAGAAAGCCGCAGAGGCAGGGACGCCACAGGGCACAUGCACUCGCGUCGGCGGCGCCUCCCCCCCCCCCCCCCCUC